UGCUGGAUGCUCUCUAGACGACUGCUAUCGACGACCGUACACAGAGCCUCCUCGCAGCACCUCAAAUCUCUGCCGCUCACUUUCGCUCUCGCUAGAUCGCCACCUCGUGCUAUCGUAGACCUUCGCCCAGGACCCAAAGCAAGGCUCUUUCACGCUUCCUCUCUGAACAUGUCUGCAGCACCACUGCAACUUCCCCACCUCGAGGGUGUCGAGGCAGCCAAGCGAGCAGCAGCCUACGCUGCUGUCGACAACCACGUCAACCAUACCCAUAAGAUCAUUGGCGUCGGCUCCGGCUCGACGGUGCCCUAUGUCGUCGAACGGAUUGUCCAGCAGGGCGCCAACGUGAAUGCCGACAGGUGGUUCGUGCCCACGGGCUUCCAGUCCAAGGAGCUCAUCAUCAAGUCUGGCCUCCGCCUCGGCGACGUAGACAACUAUCCCGAGAUCGAUGUGACAAUCGAUGGGGCGGACGAGGUCGACUCGAAGCUCAACUGCAUCAAGGGCGGCGGAGCUUGCCACUUGCGAGAGAAGGUUCUAGCCGAGGCCGCAGCAACAUUCAUCGUCGUGGCAGACUACCGAAAGGAGUCGAAGCUGCUCGGUGACAACUGGAAGCAGGGCGUCCCCGUCGAGGUGGCCGAGUUCGCCUAUGCAAAGGUGCUUCGUCAGCUUGUCAAGAUGGGAAGCACCAAUGCUGUUCUGAGAAUGGGCAAGAUGAAGGCUGGCCCUGUCGUCACCGACAACGGCAACUUUGUCAUUGACGCAGCCUUCCCAGAGGCGGUGAUGCGGGACCCACAGGACCUGCUGCAGCGCAUCAAGCUCCUUACGGGUGUUCUCGAAGUUGGUCUCUUCUGCAACAUGGCAAAGGCGGCCUACUUCGGCAACCAAGACGGCACCAUCACCUCUAAACUCGUCGACGGUACAGUGAAAUCUGGUGUUGUCUUUGACGUCACCAAGUCGCCUGCUCAGACAUCAUAAAUCCUCGUCUAGUGGUAGAUUGCCCGUAGAACGUGAAAUGGACGAAAAUUGUAGCAUUAAGCGGAUCCAAUAG